ACAUAUUCGCGUCACAUGCAGUCCAGAAGUUGUGUUAUAAUAGAGUAGGGUAUCUACGUGGUAUAUGUGUCCUACUAAAGAAGGUAAUAUUAUUAACUAUAACCCUAAUAAACGGAAGUUACGGCGUUGAACGCGACAUGGACAUUGUUCCGGAAGAUGUCAACGAGAGAAAGUGUGUUUCCGGAAGACGUGGCUGUUGCUGCAGUGGCAGCUGUCAUCCAAAUUAUUCCGAGAAGCUUCAAUAGAGUUUUUCUUCUGCUUCUUUCCCUUCCAACUAAUAUUCAAGAUGAUUUCACUAACGGACUCUCAGAAGAUUGGAAUGGGAUUAACUGGCUUCGGGGUGUUUUUCCUCUUCUUCGGUAUGAUCCUGUUCUUUGACAAAGCACUUCUGGCUAUUGGAAAUAUCCUCUUUGUUGCUGGACUCGCCUUCGUCAUUGGGCUAGAGAGGACCUUCCGCUUCUUUUUUCAGAAGCACAAGAUGAAGGCCACCAGUUUCUUCCUGGGAGGAGUGUUUGUGGUGUUGAUUGGCUGGCCCAUCAUUGGGGUUGUGCUGGAGAUCUAUGGUUUUUUCCUAUUGUUCAGAGGCUUCUUUCCAGUCGUUGUAGGCUUUAUCAGAAGAAUACCAGUCCUGGGCUCCAUCCUAAACCUGCCCUUUAUCAGUGCAUAUGUGGACAAAGUGGGCGAGAGCAACACCAUGGUAUAACAGUGACUUUUUGUACCCAGAUAAAGUUGCUUGAGUACAGAUUUUAUAACCCAUCAGUCUCCCACGGCGCUGAGGUAAAGCAUCUGAAGAUAGAUCAGAUUCAGAUUUCCCCAUUGAUGCAGACAAAGACUGUUUUCUGUCUGUAAUUUCACUGCUCAGCAUUACCAACAACAAUGCCUUGCACCAACAGUUUGUUACUGGUGCUACUAAGGUCACUACAAUAAAUACCAAUCACUUCACCAUUGACUACAUCUUGCAUUAAAGUGGAGGAUAGAAGACUCCCUCACGGCCUGACUUUGUCUCCUCGAUGUUCAGAAUCUGUGGAACUACCAGAAAAAACUGCCUCCCCCCUACAAGGAUGAGAAGUGGGCCAACAUCCUGCCAUGUUUUUCAUGUUUCUGUGCCUGUGCUUUUAAACCCACCAUUUUGGUUCUUCAGUUAUUCUGUGACACAUGAUUUGUUUUUUGUUUGUUUCUGUCUUCCAGCUAUUUGAAUACAGAGUAUGCCUGCUGUAAUAUUUCCUUUCUGAUUUCUGUUCAGCGUUGGCUAGAAGUGCUUCAGUAUAAAUUAUUUUUUAAA